UCCAAAUCUUCGGGAAAAGUUUACAAACAAUGGCUGAGGAGCAACCUCCAGCAUGCGACGAAACGCCCGUCCCCCUUCUCCUAAUGCCAGCGAACACAACAGAGCCAGUUAAAGAGAAGGUUCCCGACAACCAGCGAGCUGAAACGAAAGCGUUAGCCCGAGACAAAAACAGACUAAACAUUGGAGCUGUUUUUCACAGGUGGAAGCACGUACGGGAACAGAGAGGAUUCAAAACAGAUGCAGAGUUCGCCACAUUUCUGCUGGACAGGACAGAGGAAAUUACUUGUUUUCCAUGUGAGUACAAAGGACAUGGUUCGACAUCAGAAGAGGAAACGGCAAAAGGGGAUGGUUGCUAUGAUGACAGCGAUGAUCAGGAUUACGUUCCCCCUGUACAUGUUCGUGCUGGCUGCCUGAGUGCUCCCAAGUCGGUCACCAAACAGGUCCCCGUGCAUGAUGCUGUAGAUGCAGAACAAACAGAACAGCCACCAGGAGCAGAAACAAUCCACGUUCAGAGUGAGGACGGCAACACUGGAAACAAGCCUUACCAUCUGCUUGGAAAUCAACACAAGGAUCAGGAGCAAAAACCUGAAAACACCUGUUCAGCAGAUCAGUCUUCCCGGACACCAGGGGCUUCCUCCAGACCUCCGUCGUAUGAGCUGGAGCUCACGCCAUCUGUCUCACAUCACAACGUGCCAAAGAAAAUAAACCGGAAUGAGACGAACACUGAUGAAAAUCCCAGUGAAGACCACAGACCUGAAACACAGGAUCACAGCACGGCACCCACAGAACCUACCAGUGUACAAAGCUCCCAGGAGCUUUGUAAACCAAAGAAGACGUACUACUGCCCGACCUGCGAAAGAGUGUUCCCCCGGCACAACGCCCUGAAACGACACCUCGUGAUUCACUCGGGAAAAAGACCUUUCAAAUGCUUCAUAUGUGGGAGAGGAUUCACCCAGGGUGGAAACCUCAAGACACACAUGAAAGUUCACAGAGGAGAGUUACCAAAGUGGACAUUAAUUGAAGAGAAGAGCGAGCCUAAAGCAUCUCCUGCUACAGUUCACAUGUGUGGGGAGUGUGGAAUGGACUUCCCUGAGAAACAUAAGCUAGAGGAACACCGCGAGAUUCACUGGAAGCCUUUCGCAUGUCCUGACUGUGGGAAGAGAUUCAAACAUAAUAAGAGUGUUAAAAUGCAUAUGCGCCUCCACUCAGGAGAUUUACCUUAUCUCUGUUCAGAGUGUGGGAAGACUUGUGUCACGAUGGAAAUGCUUAAAAAACACAAGUUAACUCAUACCGGAGAAAAGAACUACCACUGUGAUCAGUGUGGGAGGGCAUUUUUGCAAUCUUACAACCUCAAUUUGCACCUGAAGACUCACACCGGAGAGCGAUCUUUUCUGUGCUCGAUCUGUGGGAAACGUUACUCCAGAGCAGAUACCCUAAAAGUUCACCUGAGAGUUCACACCGGAGAGAACCCGUAUGCGUGUAAGAUAUGUGGGAAGUGUUUCUAUUACAAUCAGGGCUAUCAAGCGCAUGUGAAGAUUCAUGACAAGAAGCCAAAAACAUCCAUGAGAACUUUGGGGAGACCGAAACAGCAGCUGAUAGUGGUAAACAAACAGUAAUGUGAUCAAGAACAUUUACAGCAGUCUGAGAAGCCUUUGAUUAUUAAACCUAAACAAAGACAUAUACUCCUUUCUGUUAAUCUGACUUCUGAGCUUCAAGAGAUAUAUGCAUACUUAUGAAUGUGGCACAAUGGCAUUAAUCUGAUGUUUAAUAAUUACCCUAAAAUGGAGACAGGAUUGGUCAAGAUUGUCUGAUCCAUUGAUUAAAGUCCCGUAAUCGCACAUACAGUGUGGCCUCUGUUUUAAAGAGCUGAUGACAAGCCUCUAACCUCGUGCAUUAUGUAUGGCAAUUGAUUUAUCUUUAUAUCUCGCAAGUAGUAUGCAAUACUGUGCAAGUACAGUGUCUUGUCCCAUCAGUGUUGUAAUGAACGUAGCAGUCUGUUGUCACUUUAACAGAUUCAUCAAGCCAGCAAUGUUACAUAUCCAGUGUCUGAAAAGAGUUAAUUUGAAAUAAAAUCUCUCGGAUGACUCAAGUAGAAAAA